GGGUGCCCUCGGGCUGUAUUUAUCCGACUAUCUGAUCGCGAUUGACAACGACUGUCCUCAAGGAAGGAGAUAAUAAUCUCUAAACAUCGCUCAUCAUGGCUCCACUACCAGAGAAAGAAAUGAACGGCUGGGUGGACGGACCCAAUGAUCGAGGUACUAUCGACAUUCUCUGGGGCUGUUGCUUGGUGCUCUCGACCGCUCUGUGGACGGUUCUGCACUUGAACAUCCCAGCCCCUGACGAUACUAUGUGGACAGUUCUCUGGCGCAAGCUCCGUUGGGGCACGUUUGCUAUUCUGGCACCCGACAUGCUAGUCGGCUUCUCGGCCAUGCAGUGGCAGUCGGCGCAGGAGUCGGUGACUAAGAUGCACAACCUCGGCUACAAGGACUGGACCCUCAAGCACGCCUUCUACGCCAACAGUGGUGGCUUCGUCCUCCACUCGACUGACUACCCCCCCUUUCCCAUCACGGCCGCCUCCAUUCACUACCUCGUCGAGAAGCAGCAUAUCGACUGCCCCGCCAUCGGCGAGGCGGAGAUCUGGGACAAGAGCAAGGCCGAUACGUUCGCCAAAUGCGUGGCAUUGGUGCAGGGAGUGUGGCUCGUUGUCCAAUCCAUCGCCCGGGCGGUGCAAGGCCUCGCGGUCUCCCCACUGGAGCUCUUUACUAUUGCUUUUGUGCUCUCCACCAUCACCACGUACUACUUCUGGUUGCAUAAGCCACAGAAUGUGGGUGUGCCGACGAUUAUUGAGUUGAAGACUGGGUCUGUCACCAACCUGAUGAACAGUUCAGGAGAGAUCAGUCUGGAACCUUUCCAGGAGACCCCGCUUGAUUUUGUCGAGAAACCCCUGCAGCGGUGGCAUCGCCGACCAACUCUGGAGCAAUUCCGCCCUCAAGGCCAGCCCCUAAAGCGCAUACCCGAUGACAAGAUUGUGUUCAGCGGCCUGAGUCAACGGGCCUGGCUGCUAGUGUCCAUCCAGGCUAUGGUGCACCCGGCCAUCCAUCUGCUAGGGUGGAACCACGUGUUUCCGACGACCACGGAGCAAACGAUGUGGCGCGUUAUGAGCGUGUUUCUCGCCUCUGGUCUCCCUUUGUCGAGUAUGCUGCGGGUAACACUCACGGCAUGUGGCUUCCACGGCCACCAGUCCUUGACGUGGAUCUGGGUUCAACCGAGCGGCAAGGAAGAGCGUGGCUGGCGGGCCUGGGUGCUGGACGUCACCAUGUCUUUCAUCAGUGCCUGCCUGGUCCCAGCACGCAUGUAUAUAAUUAUCGAGGCCUUUAUCAGUUUGCGACGGCUGCCGUGGAGUUCAUUCGUGACCGUCGAGUGGACUGAUUUCAUUCCGCAUGUAUGACAGAAAUACCAGCUAUAUCGCUUCGAUGAAAACACCAUCUAGCAUAGCCUGCUCUUUUGCUUGAAACCCGAACGCCGAUGAUCUUGCGGUCAAUAAAGGCCCUCAAAUCGCCAUCAAUAACUCGCAGUGUCGACAAGCUUGGAGGAUGAUCUGGCAGCUGAGCUUUGUUCAGCGGGAUACAGCGUCCUCAUACCUUUGGAAUCCGGUUGCUUCUACCUCAUCGGGAUUUGAUAAGAUCUGGGGUUACCUAGCUGCACAAGCUACUCAGUCAUGGCUAACUUCGACCAAGAAGCCGAUUCCAGUUCAUUCAAACCGAGUGAGGGGAAUUGUUCGUGAUAGACUGCGUCAUCUGCCCGCUU